CUCAACUAUUACAAGCACUGCGGCACGGUGAUUCCUCGGGACACACUGCACGAAGCGUAUGUGUCCUACGACAGCAUAAGGACACGACCAGAGGAGCGUCAGUCGUCGUCCGACGACGGCGGCGGUGCCGGUAGUGGUGUUGAUAGCACCACAAGCGGCUCGUCAACAUCUCCUCUACUUCGGCUGAAGGACAACAGUCUCUGGCUUGCGUCAGCACGAUCAGGAACAAAUUCUUCCCCCAGCUCCUCGUCAUCCUCCUCCACCUCGAAAAGAAAACAAAACUCGUUGUCGUUCUACUUCCGCCUGCGGAUUGUGUCCAGCAAGUCAAUCCCGAAAAACGAACUGUGGCUCUCCUCCCACUUGGCGCAUAAUUUCGGGUCGGAUAUUUGUGGCUCCUUCAUCGCGGAGUUGCGCCUAGUACCUUCGUGGUCUACUUCGCUGGGUGAAGAUAGUGUUGUCGGUGUAGAAGGAGCUCCUCCUGCUGCAGCUAAACCGUCGGGCCGAGGCGGAACAGGAUUAAAAUCCGCUUCACAAAGUAGACAAAGUGCGCAUGUUGAACGAAGUAGAGCACCACCUCCAGAACAAGUAUUGCAAUGCCUCUGCAUCGAGGACGGUAGCAUGAACAUCCUCUCUACUUCCCCUAUGCAACAACACCUCGCGCCGCGGCUCUGCUCCAAAGCUCACCUCGAGCUGCUCGGUGGGACAGCCGCUGGGCUGUUGACGAGGAAUUUGCCAGAAGACGUCAUGGCGAACGUCGCGGACUUAUCAGAAUGAAAAAUCCCCCCUCCCCAUAUCAAAAUGAAGUCUCUGAUGCUGGAUUUGCGUACACAAAUCAGAUUUGUGUUGCUGGCGAGGACUCCAGACCCACGCUAAGCCUGAGUAGACAGGUUUUGGCCUAGGCGCUUUGCAUGACAGACGUCUCCGCUGUGGCUAAAACAACAUGACAAACCGCCUGUGGAAUGCGGCGGAGCUUGUGGAGUUGCCUUCAUGCAACACAGAGGCGAUUUGUGGUCACAAAUCAGCAACGCAAAUUUUCGAAAACGCGCCUUGUCAAUAUGGGGAGGGAGGAUUUUUCCUUUUGAUAGGACUCCCUGCGGAUUCUUUGCGGCACGGUGCCCCGGCUUAUGACAGUGCACAACUCCCCCUCCCCCUCAUUUUGUCAUGCAGAAUCUCAAAUCCAGUCGCUCUCGCUGCCUUGUGGCACUGUUUGCAUGACAAGUUCUGGUAGCCCAAAUAGCACUACACUCCAGUGUAAAUUUGUCAUGCAAAACCCGCACUCUUGCUGAUGCUUGUGUUGCCGUUCAUGCUAAUAUACAAAUGAGGGGGAGGGGGAGAUGUGCAAUCUCAUACGGCUCGUCGCGGUCAACGAGGUUUUCACCCUGCCGUUGGCUUUGUGGCCCGCGGGAUUUGAGUUCUUGGCCCGGAUGGAGCGGAACGGGCAGGUCAGGUUUGAGGCGAGCAGCGUCGCGCCGCAGCAGCCAGCUGGGAUAGCAUUGAACAACUCAGGAGCUAUGAGUUCUUACAACGCAACCUCAUCGGGCGGCGCACUAGGGGGAACGGAACCAGGGGUCGUGAAGAAUCCGUUGACUCUUCCAGCAGCAUCCUCCGCCGCGCACCGGUUUUUGGUUGGACGGCACGUCAAAACCGCAGGAACCGAUGCUUAUUCCCAACAAGGCGGCACUGAAACAACCGAAGCUUCAUUUGGCGCUGCCACAAGAGCACCAGGGGGGACAUCUUCACGAGCAGCACAGGGAAACGACCCGGCCGGGUCCAGCAUACUAGAAGCGGGCGCGGCUGCUGCUAGUAGAAGUGCUGCAAGUAGGACACAUCAUCUUCCGCCAAAGCCGAAAGCCAAACUGCUGCCUUGGAUGUCUCGCCAGAAACCG